AACUACUUCUCUCUAUCACCGUCGACAGCACCGAAUCGCUUCAAUUCACGCUUAUUCAGUCGCGACACAGCAAACACCCAUACCCGCUCAUCACGCGCAACCGCUUGCGACAAUGCCACGACCACCGAGAAGCAAAGUCGCGUCCACGACGACACGAACUACACGCGUCGCGAAAAAGCCCGCGCCACCCAAACAACCCGCAAAACUAUCUGCAGCGCAGACCAGAAAGGCGAAUGCAGCACUCAAUAGCUUCAGCGAAGAUAGCGAUGGGCUCGUCACGAAGUCUACGUCAACGCGCCCAAGGAGGGGAAUGCCAUGGGAAAAGACGCCGGAGCCUGUAGAUGAGGCAGAUCUAGUCAUGACUGGCGCGCUUCCAGCUGAGGAAGACGUCCCUUUGCCUUCGACUAAGAAACGCACACCUGCACCACGUGCAAAGACGACGCGAGCUACAAGGGGUAGUGCUAGAACGGCUGCGAGGAAGAGCUCACCACCGGCGACCGUACGCUCUCUUGUUGAAGCAGCGCAGGAGGAUGCACCCCAGGAAGAGGAGAAUAGCGGCUAUGGCGAUUUGACGUUCUCUUCUCUAGCUUCAGAGUCGCCAGCACAUGGCACGCGUCCCCCAUCUGCCAUCAAAGUCGGCGCGACGCCAGCACAUGAAACUUCUAUUCUGGCUUUGACAAAUUUCAAGAGACGAGCACGACAACCGAGUUUGUUGCGCAUGGUGCAGCAGACCACUGAUGUCGAAGAUAAUGAUCAAGACACCUUGGAUGACACAGACAACUUCGACUUCGACGAUUUUGUUCCGCAUGACGAAUCUACGCCGCUCAACGUGCGAAAGAAUGCGCCGGAGGAUGGGGUACGAAAUGAUAGCGGCACUCAGGUCUCCAGCUCCGGUACACGGGGCACAAAGCGCACGCUAUCCCCUGUCAUCCAAGUGCCCCGUUCGUCACCACCGUUCGACAUGCAGUCCAGCCCAGCUUUAGAGUCUCCAAGAUCACCCUCUCCAAGCCUGCCAGAUGUCACCCCAUCGCACGAAAUAGUCGUAGAGCAAACUCAAGAAGAUUCAGAGCCUAUGAGUGAGACACUCGCCCCUCCAAAAUCCAGCAGUCCUGUCCGCGCGGUCUCAGAGAUUCCAUCAUCUCCAGCGCAGACGCGUGUUGGUGGGCGAGGGAGGCAAGCCCGGAAAGCAACAAACUACAAUGACGAAUCUGAGGGAGAGGAGACGGAGACACCAGCCAAAGCAAAGAAGGGUGCCAAGACAAAGGCGCAGCAGAACAUAUCCACCGCGCAACUGAAGGGCCUCCUUCCUCGCCGGCGAACCCGCAUGCGUCUGGAUCGCGAUGAGUUUGAUCUUGAAUCUUCAGACGUGGAUGUCGAGAUGGACUCUGAUCAAGACGAGCUGCAGAUGCCCGCUCGACGCAGUCACCAACGGAAACCACCAUCACCCAAGGUUACGAAGAAGACAGCUCGUGGGAAGAAGACUGCAGCGUCCACGAAAGCAGCACAAAAGACGAGCAGGACGUAUGGGCGCCGAAUAUCGUCGGACAAGGAAAACGCAGCCCAGGAGAAGGAGGUAGAGGAGACAACAGAACCUUCGAUUGUCGAGCAAUCAGAGAAACUCGCCGCCAUUCGGAAGAAGUUCGAAGAGGUGGAUGCAUUCGAGCUAGAGUUCGAGAAUGUCGAUGUGACAGCGAGCUCGAGUCCGUUUCGAUGAGUAUUCGGCAGUUAUGUUGGAUAGAAGGCGUUUAUUUCUUGUAUCAGGACGGGUAGCUCUACAUGCUUCGAUCCUGGAGCGGUAAUGAAUGAUGACAACAGUGGUUUUUGUAUGUGAGCAUGGCGUUCUUUGUUCUGGCUAUGAUAUCUCGAAACAGGAGAUGAGGCCACAUGUAGUCAAACAUAGUUUGCAUGAAU